AUGGAAAACCCCCUCAUUUUGAAAUGUGAUGUGAGUUCGUUCUAUGCUGCCAAUAGUAUUCGUCAAGGUUUGUUCGGUGGACACUUGAAUGAAUGUGCCACAAGAGCUUUGGCCACUACAUCUUGUGCUUCGGUGUCUGAAGAUCUGCCAAAGGAUAAUUCCGUCUCUGAUAUGUUGGUAGAUUCAUUUGGAAGGCUUCACACAUACUUGAGAAUAUCUGUAACAGAGAGGUGCAAUUUAAGGUGUCAGUAUUGUAUGCCAGCAGAAGGUGUGGAACUCACUCCUAGCCCUCAAAUUUUGACAAAAACUGAGAUUCUACGAUUGGCAAAUCUGUUUGUAAGCUCUGGGGUAACUAAAAUACGUUUGACGGGUGGGGAACCAACUGUUAGAAAGGAUAUUGAAGACAUAUGUUUGGAAUUAUCAAACUUGAAGGGACUGAGAACAUUGUCCAUGACUACCAAUGGUAUUGCUUUAACGAGAAAACUUCCAAGGCUGAAAGAUUGUGGGCUUACUUCCCUCAACAUUAGUGUAGACACUUUGGUACCUGCAAAGUUUGAGUUUAUGACCAGACGCAGAGGGCAUGAAAAAGUUAUGAAUUCAAUUAAUGCUGCCAUAGACCUUGGAUUUAAUCUAGUUAAGGUCAAUUGUGUUGUAAUGCGAGGAUUCAAUGAUGAUGAGAUCUGUGAUUUUGUUGAGCUGACCCGGGACAAGCCAAUUGAUAUUCGCUUUAUAGAGUUCAUGCCUUUUGAUGGGAAUGUUUGGAAUGUCAAGAAACUUGUACCCUACUCAGAAAUGUUGGAUACAGUGUUAGCUGUUUCAAUGGCUGAGUAUGGUUCUGGGAGUUGUUUACUUUUGGAUUAG